AAACAUGUCGUAUUCAUAACAACACCCUCUUCCUCUUCCUCUUCUUCUUCUUCUCUCUGGGGAGUUUUUCCUUCACUAUUUGUUUCGUAAAUCGGAAAUUGUACACAAAUUUCCAUUGGGAUUUCGAAGGAUUCGAAUUAAGACUUUAGAGAUCAACAAACUUGACAUCGAUUCUAUAAUUCGAUAUUUCUAGGUAUUAAUCGGAAGAUUUAUCUGAUUUUUCCUUGAUUUUUUGAUUUGCAGAUAGAUUAUAUGAGCAAAGGAUUUUUUAAAGUGGAUGCAGCUUUGAGCUGCGUGUUUAUUUUCUUGAGCUUUUUACUCUUCUGGAUUUGAAAUCGAGAGGAGAAUCGGAGAUAUUGCAAGUCUGGAGGUUGAUUCGAGAAAAAUCUGAUCUCAAGAUCGAAUUUGAAGAUGUUCUUAGCUGUGAAAUGCUCAUCAUAGCCUUAAAUCUCUGAGAAUUGCUUGCGGUGUCUAAAACCGUUAAAUCCAAUCCAAGUCUCUGAAGAUGGAGAACAAAUUUCUGGGUUCUACUUUUUGUUGAUUUCUAAUUUUUGAGAUACAAGAGAGGCACCGCAAAUUAAAGCUUUAAAGGUGUGUAUUAUUUAUUAAUAAAGGGAAAAAUGGAGAAGAAUAACUCAAAUAGCAGAGACAGAUCUCAGGCUUCUACUAAUAACAACACCACAACGACGUCGUCCUCGGCUUCAGACUUCGUAUUGCAGUGGGGGAAUCGGAAACGAUUGCGUUGUAUGAAGGUUCAACAGCAACAACAAACAAAGGACAAAGAAUCGGCGGCUUCCGGUACACCGCCGGUGGGUCAACGAUCCAUCACAGCCCGAGUUGAUCGGCGUGUUGUUAGGUCACCAAAUCAUCAAAACAAGGAAACCGUUACUGCUAACGCCGUUAGUAACGGGAACGGUUACAUUAAUCUCCGGCAACGAUCCUCUUCACCGGCGCAUCGGGUUCUCAGGAAUUCUGAGAGUUCAAUUGGUAUGAAGGGACAGGGCAACGGCGGUAGGGGGGUUUGUUCACCGGAUAGAGGAGGGGGUGUGCAGGAUAAGAGAAGUACACAUAACACAAACGCCAACGCCAACCACCACCAUAAUGGGAAGAACAAUAAUAACGGCGGUGGUAGUGGUGGUGGUGGAUCGGGGUCGUCGGAGACGGCGCUUGAUAUGAAGAAAGGAGGGACAUCGCCAGGGAGUGAGGCGGUUCCGAUUGUCUGGCCCCCAAAAUUUGUGAUCGGAUUGACGAAUAAGGAGAAAGAAGAAGAUUUCUUGGCGAUUAAAGGCUCUAAACUUCCUCAGAGACCCAAGAAACGGGCCAAGUUCAUCCAACGCACCAUCAACUUGGUAAGUCCCGGUGGAUGGCUGUGCGAUCUCACCCUGGAACGUUACGAAGUGAGAGAGAAAAAGAUUACAAAGAAGAGACCGAGAGGACUAAAGGCGAUGGGGAGUAUGACUAUGGAGUCGGAGUCUGAAUAAAGAAGCGGUGAAAUGGUGUAUUUACAAGUGGUUUGAUUAAGUAAAAUAUUCCACAUCCAUUUGUUUGUUUUAGCCAGGGCAGGUGAGACUGAGAGAACAGGAGGAGAAACAUUGAGCUUGUAUUUAGUAUUUUCAUCAAUUUUCUCCUUGAGGUAA